AUGUCUGAACUGGAAGAUUUGGGACGUAGCACCUACAUACUACAAAACUCUAAAAGCUGUUUGCUGCCCGUGUAUUUUGGAAGUCUAGCUUUUUGCUACAUCUUGGUGUUCAGUUGUAUGCUGUUCCUUCAAUGGCGAAAACGGAUCCUUCAGAAGCGCCGCGCAAAAGUCUGGGUGAAACAGUUGAAAGCGGAGUCUUACUUUCAGCAUGCAUUGGCUCACAGGGCUGAUGAGGAAGCCCAGCCUAAAACAAAGGCAGCUAUCUGCAAUCCUGAUAGCAUCCCAGAACCACAAAGCACUUUCUUGUCCAGUGAGAAUAUUGUGGAGAGCAAUGACAAUUCUGUCCCUUCACUUCCAGAUUCAGCUCCAUACAAACCGAUAUUUCAGGAAGUUGUGUGUGCUUGUGCACUCUCUCACUUGCCGCCGCUGCUUGCUCAUUCAGCUUCUUACCCUUGCUCUACCAUUCCAGCUGGAAGUUCGCUAUUCAGCUCACCACUAAAACCAACCAUAUUGAAAAAUGAUCCAUACGGUAUUGGUAGCAGGAUUUCUGCUUAG